AUGUCAAACCUUGCCAAAAUCGAUUUCAUUGCACUAGAUAUUUCUGGAAAGAAUUAUCUAACAUGGGUUCUGGAUGCUGAAAUCCACUUGCAAGCGAAUAACUUGGGAAAUACCAUCAGGGAAGGAAAUCAAGCAUCCCUGCAGGAUUGUGCAAAAGCAAUGAUUUUCCUUCGACGGCAUCUUCAUGAAGGAUUAAAGACUGAGUAUCUUGGGGUAAAAGAUCCAGCAAUACUAUGGAAAAAUUUGGAAGAAAGAUAUGACCACCAAAAAAGCAUAAUACUUCCAAAGGCUCGAUAUGAUUGGAUGCAUCUGCGUUUGCAGGAUUUCAAAUCUGUAAAUGAGUAUAAUUCAGCACUGUUUAAAAUUGUAUCUCAAUUAACCUUGUGUGGAGACAGAAUUACAGAUGAAGAUAUGCUGGAAAAGACAUUCACUACUUUCCAUGCAUCCAACAUGCUCCUGCAGCAGCAAUACAGAGAAAGGGGGUUUAAGAAAUAUUCCCAACUGAUUUCAUGUCUUCUUGUUGCAGAACAAAACAAUGAACUUUUAAUGAAAAAUCAUCAGUCUCAUCCAACGGGAUCAAAAUCAUUCCCUGAAGCGAAUGCAAAUGAGAAUAUACAAACAUUAUGGCCUGAAGCAAAUGCAAGCCGAUAUAGGUGUGGUCAUGGACGCGGUCGAGGACGAGGUCGUGGUCGUAAUUACGACAAUUACCGAAAUCAAGUAAGUUAUUCAAAUAAGAAAAACGUAUCACACCACCAGCAGUGGAAUAAUAGUGAUAGAAAAGGAAAAGGAAAAGUGAUGUAUAAUUCCCAAAAGAAAGACGAUGAUGCUUGUUAUAGAUGUGGAGUGAAAGGACACUGGUCACGUACAUGUCGUACACCAAAACAUCUUGUUAAUCUAUAUCAAGAAUCAAUCAAGGGAAAAGGAAAGGAAAAGGAAACAAACUACACUGAUUUCGAUAAUCUUCUUGAUGAUGAUAACGAGCCGUUAGAUAUCACCCAUUUAGAAGUUUCUGAUUUCUUUACAGAAAUAAAUGGAAACACUGAUCCCAUAAUCAAUGAAGAAAAUGCCAAUAAUGGUGGCAAUGAUGGCAAUGAUGGCCAUGAUGCCAAUGAUGACAUGAACGAUGAAUGA